AUGCAGAGGGCCGGGCAAGAGCGUGUGAGUCAGUGCGAGCGUGAGACGGGCGAGCAACGACGACAAGCUCCGGCUGUAGAAAAGGCGAACUUGAACGCGAGCGAUACUCUCGAAGGCCGCAAGACCAAGUCGAGCGGUUCCCGAUAUCGAAGGUCUGGAGAAACCGACGAAAAUCCAAAUCUCGCGCGUUCCGUGCGCCGCGACGUCGUCGUCGGCGUGAUUUCAACUGAAAGGCAUCAGCUACGCCCCGCUUUAAGAAAUUGUAGUAACAAUAUCGGCGCCCUUUCUUUCUCUCCCUUCUGUGUCUCUUCCUCUCUUUCACUUAAAGGAAAGCCCGACCAUCGAUCGAUUUUACGCUUCACCACUUUGCAGCGCCUAACAAUUGAGCUAAAAAUAGCACACAGAGCGGCGAUAAAAGCUCACGCGGUGUCGAGUUACGGCAUCGGUGCUGAAAGGCGAAUGGAGAGCAAUAAAGCGACUCACGGCGCAAACGACAAUCAUCACUCGGUCGACUCGAAAUCCAACGACGACGACGUCGACGUCGACGGCGGCGGCGGCGGUGGCGGCGGCGGCGGCGGCGGCGGCGGAACAGUCUACGUGAUUGCAUUCGAGGGGAAGGAGAACGGGGAGAAAGAAAGAGACAUGGAAGAGAGCGGUUCGCCUUUUGUUGUAGUCAACAACGACCUGCAGAAUCCUCUGGAUCCGUGGUCGAUAGUCUGGUACAUCGGCUCGUUCGGCGGCCUGGUGGCGUUCUUCCUCAUCGUCAGCUGUUCCGAGUGGUGCUGUCGACGUGGCAGCCGACCCCUCACGGUGCCCUACGCACAACGCGCCGAAACGAUAAACACAACCGGAGUUACGGAAACCCCGCCGCCACCUUACCACCUAUUCGCCCCACCUUCUUACGAUUCCGUCAACUACGGCGAGAUCGUCGACAAGACGUCCGGCGAGAAACUGGACAUCUACGUGAUCUCCGUGCCGGUCCACAGGCCAGUGGUGCAGGCGCCAGUGUAGAAGACCUGGGAAAGGCUCAUCCUUUUGACGAGGAUCAUCAUACCUGAUUUAUCGAUGACGGUCGACAUACGAUCGCGUAGAAGCGGUCUCGCGAACCCUUCAUUAAAAUCGCCGGCUAGUUCGACGUUGAAGAGAACUGCUCGAGAAAGAAGCGCAACUAUCGUACAGAAGUGACUACGCAUGUGUCUUCGUUACAGCUGAGAAAUUUACUUAUUCGACGACAUUGACAGAGAUGAUGAACGUUCGUCGAAGCAUUAAUGUCAUUCCGAAUCAAAUGAGUCGCUUCCCGCGGCGUUUCCACGGAACGGUGACGGAUACACCGAAAUUCUGAGAAAAAAUUGUCACGUCAUCGUAAUCACGUCGAUCUCGAAAAGAUCACGACGGUAGAGAAGAUUACGCCGAUAUAAUUCUAGAUAGAAUUUAAUUUUAUACUGUUCCGGGAAAUUCAAUUUCUCGCGAUUUCAAACGAAAAUUCUAUGACCAAAUUAUGAAAAUUGUCAUCAAGGUUUUCCUGGAAUCAACGAGAGAGAAAGAAGAACGACGAGCUAACGACACUGAAGAGAUCUAAGUCAAUACUUGUGUGGAGAAAAAUUUAGUAUGCAUCGAUAGUAUAAUAUUGAGAGAUGACACUUAGAUGAUAUAUCAGAUAUAUGAUCAAAGUCGAUCAGACUCGAAUAUUCUCCUAGACAAGUGAUAAAAGAAUUGAUAUAAAAAAAAAAAAAAA